CUACUACAUAUAGUAUAUGCAGUAUGGGCCAGUCAUUGAUACACAGUGAUGUGUUUCUCAAACAGGGUGCCUCCAGCUGUUGCAAAACUACAACUACCAGCAUGCCCAGACAGCCAACCAGAGUUGUAGUUUUGCAACAGCUGGAGGCACCCUAGUUGGGAAACACUGUGGGGCUAUAUACAUCAGCUGUGCUGUACCACUGCCCUGGCUGCUAUAAAUAUAUGCAUGUAUAUAGUAGUCAAGGAUACAAUUAAUGUAUAUAGCCCCUCAGUGUUAUGUCACUAUAUACCAAUGUCUGUGCUCCGGUGCACAAUGUGACUCCUAUGGACUUACUCACACUUACAAGGCAAGUCGAAAACCUGAUGAUUAAAGAGACUAAGGUCUGGUGGGACCACAAGACUUUAACUACUUAUUUGAAUAAAAAUAUGGUUCCCCGGGGACUGAGACUGAAAAAGAGACCAGUCAAAGUUUAUUCUCAAACAUUCCUGGCCAAAUGGGAUUCGGCCCUAUUGGACUGCUCAGCUAAACUUAUGAAAUACAUCGUGGAAGAAGAAGAAACUGAGCUAGCAGAUUUGCAAAAAGAAAUGGAAAAUCUGAAAACCAGCCUAACUGAAUUCAAAACCCACCAAGAAUUCCCACGUCUGGAAGAAACGGUACUAGAGAAACUGGACAACAUUGAAAGCGAAAUUAUGGAUAUCAAGAGAAACAAAUUCCACAGAGAUCCCCAGGAUUAUAAUAAAGAUCAAGUAUUCACCUGGUUCCGGAAUAAGAGUAACGACACAGAAACACCACGCUCGAUACUCAGGAAUUCUCGCUCCAAGUCCAGACGCAGACGCCAGCCUCGCUCAAAAGCAGCAAGAAGCGUCAGUUUCUCAGAUGCCGAUACUUCACAUGAGGACGAACAGGGAGGUCCUCUGGAGCCGAACCCCGCCAUAAGAACAGGGACAAUACCACAAGCCCCACCUCGAGAGACACCGAUGCCAAAAAACCGGACGGCCGCACCAAAAAGAAAAACCGUAACUCCAGACGAGCAGGCCGUCGCCAUAGGAAACAAGCGUUAUCCCCUGAGGUCUCUUCUAAAUCCCAGAUAAAUCAGGAAGAAUUUAUAUACUCUGUAAAGUGGAGAAGCGAAGGUCGUCUCUGAAGUCUUUGGGUGGUUACCCAUAGCAACACUUAAAGGAAAUUAAUGUGCUAUAUAUCAUAUAUCUCCCAGUACGAUUGUUUUAUAUAUGCUUUAAAUCAAUAAUGCUCUUGAGUAAUUCAUGCAACUCAUGAUUUUGCCGUGUCCAGUAACCUGUAUACUGGAUUAUUAAGUCACACGGAAAGCAAUGUAUAUGUAUUUCAGGUAGCCACCCAUUGAGACACGGAGACCAUCGUCCACUCAUGCACUAUCCAGGUUUUUUGUAAUGCCUUGUACCGAACCAAUGAUGUAACGGGUCAUGUGACUCUUUUUACUUGUAUUUUAAACUGUGUGUUAAGUUGAGAAGCCAGUCUACGAAUAAGCACGUUCUGUGCGAAACGCGUCAGACGCUUCUGCUUCUAUGUGUCUAUCCUAUCUGCUGGCUUCUUUUAUUGCAUCCCGGGAGCUGGACGACUUCUUUGUUCACAAUGUCUGUGCUGUGUUCUCUGCCCUGCCUGGCCCAUAUUACGUAUAUAAUAUAUGUAGUAUGGGCUAGCCA